AUGGCCGCCUCCACCAUGUCCGUCUGCUCCAGCAACCUGAGCUAUGGCAGCCGCGUCUGCCAGCCCGGUUCCUGCGAUUCUGGCCCCGACCCCUCCUGGCAGGUGGACGACUGCCCAGAGAGCUGCUGCGAGCCCCCCUGCUGCGCCCCCAGCUGCUGCCAGCCCAGCUGCUGCGCCCCGGCCCCCUGCCUCACCCUCGUCUGCUCCCCACUCAGCUGUGCCUCCAGCCCCUGCUGCCAGCAGUCUGGCUGCCAGCCUGACUGCUGCAGCUGCUCCCCCUGCCAGCCGUCCUGCUGCGUGCCCCUCUGCUGCCAGCCCGUGUGCUGCAAGCCCGUGUGCUGUGUGCCCGUCUGCUCUGGGCCUUCCUCCUCCUGCUGCCAGCAGUCUAGCUGUGAGCCCUCUUGCUGUUCAUCCUCCCCCUGCCAGCCGUCCUGCUGCGUGCCCCUCUGCUGCAAGCCCGUGUGCUGUGUGCCCGUCUGCUCUGGAGCCUCCUCCUCCUGCUGCCAGCAGUCUAGCUGCCACUGCUCCCCCUGCCAGCCGUCUUGCUGCGUGCCCGUCUGCUGCAAGCCCGUGUGCUGCUACAGGCCCUGCCCCUGCGUGUCCCUGCUCUGCCGCCCCGUGUGCAGGCCCGCCUGCUGCGUGCCCAGCUCCUGCUCUGCCUCCUGCUGCCAGCCCAGCUGCUGCCGCACGGCCUCCUGUGUGUCCCUGCUCUGCCGCCCAAUGUGCAGGCCCGCCUGCUGCGUGCCCAGCUCCUGCUCUGCCUCCUGCUGCCAGCCCAGCUGCUGCCGUGCGGCCUCCUGCGUGUCCCUGCUCUGCCGCCCCGCCUGCUCCCGCCCGGCCUGCUGCCGUGUCUCCUUGGGACAGAAGUCCUGCUGCUGA